AUGGCGACCAGGAAUGAGUCAAUAACAACAACAAAACUUUCACCUUUACAAGUUCACUAUUUAAAAAAAGAACUUAUAGCCAGACAAAUAAGAAAAGAAAUUCAAUUGUUUUCUGAAGUUGGUUCUAUAAGCUCGUUAUUUUUCUGGGAUGAAAUUGAUGUCAACAGCAACGACGACAAUAACGCUAUCACAAACACUAAUAACGUUGCAACAACAACGAUAAAAAAAGAUGAAAUAAGCACUCCAUUUUUACGUUACGUUUUUAUAAAUUUCGUGUUCACCUUUCCAUUUCUACAAAAUGUUGAUAAAUUCUUUUGGGUAAAAAUCAAAGAUUUCCUAGAAGAGUUCUCAAAGAAAAACAUUAGUUCCACCACAACAAGAGACGAGCAAACCAAAAGAAAAAGAUUGGCCGAGAAAAUAGUUAGUGAAGUGACAUUAAUGUUUAAUGCUGGUUUGAAAGUAAGUUCAGGCAAAGAAGAAUCAAUUAAAGUUGAUUUUGAUAAAGAUAUUGAAGCUGCGUAUAAGGAAUACUUGUUUAUAAGUGAUUAUGAAAAAUUUAUAAAUGGUUGGAAUGUUAAUGAAUUUAUUAUUCAAUCAAAACGUUUAAACACCGAUGAAACUCAAAUUGUUGCAAGAAGUUUUAAAGAAUUUAAAAUUUUAACCAUGAAAUUGAAAGAAUCAUUCCCAUCGAUUAAUGUUCCACCGGCACCAUCAAAAUAUAAAAUUCAAAAAAAAGCAUCAUUAAACAAAAAAAAUUUUUCAAACAAUAUUGAUUAUGAAUCUGAAAAAAAUCGUCAAAAUUUACGUGGACACUUGAUUACAUUAGUAUCAAUUAAAGAAAUUGCUAGAUCAAAAGUGUUUAGAUUAUUUAUAACUGAAAAACCAAUACAACUAACUAGUGAAGAGUUAAAGGAAGCCGAAAAACAUAAAGAGUUGGAUAAAUUUAGAGAACAACAACAAAAAUUGUUUAAUAAGGAAGCUGAAAAAAGAACAAAAGAAUUGGAGCAGCAAGUUUUGGAAUUUAAAGAAGAAUUGUUCAAGUCUGGAUUAUCAAAGGUUUUGCAGACAGUUCAAGAAAGCAAAAAAAUAACAGAUUUACCCUUUACUUAUCAAAAAAUUAUUGAAUAUGGUGAAAUUAGUUUUGCUUCAACAUUAUAUUCAUUAUUUAUUGGAUCAGAUAAUAGCAGUGAAACAUUUUCACAAUUAAAACGUACACACAACCUGAUGCCAUAUCGAUUAAUGAAAACUGUAAUGAAAAUUUCUAAUCCUGUUGGUAUACUAAGAUCUAUCAUGGAUAUUUUCUUGGCACAGCCAUUUGGCCAAAAAAGUUUAAUACAAAGGAUGUUAUCUGCGAAUUUAUAUGAAGAGAUAAAAACACUUAACAAUGAUAUGAAAAUUGUAGAAGAGUCCAUUAAUGAUCCUGAAAUAUGUGAAAAAUUACGAAAUUUUGUUUAUGCUUCAUCCGAUACUCAAAAAUCCAUCAAAAAAGAUGUUUCGGCUGCACAUUCAACAACAUUGAUUGUAGCAAUUUUAAAAUCUGAUAUAAUAUCACCGAACUUAUCCUCGGAACAAUUAGGUCUUAUCGAGAAAGCAAUGAUCGAUUACAUUAAUGAUCGUCAUCCAAGUAUCAAUAAUGACAAGGAUCAUAAUUCAAAUAAAAAUAAAAUAUAUCGUCGUAAGAAAAAAGAUAAAAACAAUUUAAUUUAUUUAUUGAAAAGAUUGUUUUUUAUUUAUAUUCGUCAAAGAGAUAAAGAAGUUAUGAUUGAAUUGUUGUUUCAGGGAAUUACUGGUGAUUUAAUAAAGGAUAUCAUAGCGAUAUUCUAUGAACCAUUGGCUAAAAUAUAUAAAGCAGCAAAUAUUGGAGAUUCUUUAACAGAUGUUUCAGGAUUUAUAGAUGAAUUAAUAAUAUUAGUUGAUCAAAUAGAUCAAAAAGUAACAAAAAUGGCAUCAUCAAAAUUUUCAAGUUCUGAUUCAAUAAUCCAACCAUUUAUGCAAUUAGUUGAUAGACACAUACCAAGCUUUUAUAAUUUUGUUCAAUCAAUCUAUUUACACGAUACAUCAGGACUGUUUCAAUCGAUGUUAAAUUGGAUUGAGAAAAUUAUAGAUUUUAUGAGAGGAGGCACUAUAUAUGAUAGAUUUGAUUUGGAUAAAUUGAUUGAUGAGGUAUUAAGUGAAGAAGAAGAUGAAAUUAAAGCGUUGACUAAAGAAAUAGAUGAUUUGAUGUUAUGGAAUACAUUAAAAAAGAAACGAAGAUUAUUAAAAUUAAAGAACAUUCUUAGGAAUAAUAGUGAUGAUAAAAAAGAAUUUUAUCAAGUAAUAGAUGACGAUGAUGAAAGUAUUGAGGGUGACAUUAAUACUAGUAAUGGAAUUAUAGGUAAUGGAUUAAUAGAUGGAAGUGAAGGACUAGAUGAUAAUGAAGAAAAUCUUAUUUUAAAAAAUCAAGAUCUAAAUGAUUUAAUUGAUGAAAAGUUAAAUAUUAAAAUGAAAUUUCCUGAUUUAAAAGUUUUACCUAAAUUAUUAUCACCUUUUGUUGAAUUGAUUGGUAAUUCACCUUAA